AGUGAUUUAAAAGAUGAAUUCGAAAUUAUCGGUUGCUGAUUUGAAAGAGAAGCUACGUGGAAUGAACUUGCCCACGACAGGCACCAAAGCUGAAUUAAUAAAUCGCUUGUUGGAAGCAGGGAUUAAUCCAGCCGAUUUAAUGAUGGUAACAGUUGUGGGACGAGAAGAAAAUGAACGAAGACCAGAAUCUGUCGUAGAACACCAGCAAUUAGGUGAGAGGCCAAUCGAUUUUAUUAGUCAAUCAGCACCAUCGAAUUCACAAUUGUCUGAGGUGGAAUUGUUACGAAGAGAGAGAGAUGUGACUGAACGUGAGAAUCAGUUACUUAGAAGAAAAUUAGAAAUGUUACGAGUUAUGCCGCGAGAAAAUAGUCUUGCACCAACGCAUUCCAAUUUGAUGAAAUGGAAAGAUGUUAAGGAAAUGAUUGGAAAUUAUGACGGUAACUCUUAUGAUUAUAAUAUUUGGGAAAAACAAGUAAGACAAUUGAUCUGUAGUUACUCUCUUGACGAUUGCGCUGCUAAAGCAUUGUUGUGCAGCAAAUUGUCAGGAAAAGCCCUUAAAUGGUAUCAUUCGCGAAGUGAUUGUAUCGAAAUGAACUAUGAACAGCUGUUGAGUGAAAUUAAGAAAAUGUUUGGGCAACGAGUAAACAGUUUAACUUUACGACGCGAAUUCGAAACUAGGAAAUGGACGCCAGACGAAAUAUUUGCCGAUUAUCUACAUGAUAAAAUAAUGUUAGGAAACAGGGUUCCUAUUCCUCAAGAAGAACUAAUCGAUUAUGUUAUAGAUGGAAUUCCUAAUGAAAGCUUUCGAACUCAGGCUCGUAUACAAUGCUUCCAGUCCACCGACGCACUUUUAAAGGCAUUCGCAAAAGUAUCAUUACCUUGUGAGACAGCUCGACGCAAGUUCGUACAGCAGAAUGAGAUUUCUAUAGCAGCAAGAAGAACUGGCAAAAUUGUGAAGGAGCAAACGGGCACUGCAACACCUCAAAAGGACACUCCGACUCCACUUCGCUGUUACAAUUGUAGCUCCGUGGGACAUUUUGCUAAGAACUGCCCGAAACCGAAGAGAGAAAGAGGAUCCUGCUAUACAUGUGGCAAAUUUGGGCAUCGUGCGACAGAAUGCAGCAAAUUGAAGACGUCAGCUGAAGAGGUCAACUACGUAGUUGUGCAACGUGAAGAAGACGACGAGUUCUAGCGC